AAGAGAGAUACACCACAGACUGGCAUGAUAACCAGACAUUGGAUGGACAACAAAACAACACACAGGACUUCUCACCAUUUUAUCUUUGAAUCUCCAGGGUCCAGGGCCCCAUGGAAGAUUUUGCGACCGAAUAUGAUAGAAACAGAGCGGCCGCAGAAGUGGACGAAUCUGUGCUGACGCAUGUACAUCUUGGACUAGAGUUGCCGUAUGAGCUGACGGCGUCGGAGAUCUCUUCUGCGAGCAACAUCGACCAUCCAAAGGAUGCAUUCUUUGCACCGGUUUCCUCCUUGUGGAAACCGCAGGGCAUGGAUAUGUUAGGCCCGCUCGAGAAUAGAGAUCUCAGCUUAUCCGUUGACAAAGAAAGACAGGCAAAGAGUCUCAGUGACACGAUGGAUCUCCUGCGGGAUAAGAUAGACAAUGCCUUUGGUUGGACCAACAAACUCCUCUCUGAUGAUUGGCAGCAACGCCGUGCUGCGGCGCAAGCUACCCUGUUGCUAUUGGACCAGUGUGCAGAUGACGGAAAGUCCGAGCUUCUUCAAACAAAAGCCUUCACUUUGCUUCUCGGAGAAAAGUAUAGAACGCAUGGAGAGAAAUUGUUUGCUUAUGCAGAGGGGGCAUGGCAAGUUUCUUCGAGCGGCACCCUGACGGCUGCCGACUUAGAGUUUCUCACCAUGGCCUUACGGCGAGCCCAAGCUUACUUCGUGCAGGCCGUUGGCCGUAACCAAGUUCCAAGGGACUUCGCUGCAGUGGUCUGGGAACUCAAAGUCGUUUUUUCUUUGGCUGAUGAGCGGCCACUGCUAGAGUGGCAGCUUGGAGAAGUAAGCAGAGCCAAGCCUGAGCAGCGCUCGCAGCAAUGGUGGCUGGGACUGGCAGAACUUGCCCGUGAUCUCCGGAAGCAGUUGGCAGACCACUCCAAAACACUUGUCCGUAACUUCAUGCGCUGGAGUGAUUCCAAGAUGGAUAGCAAGCGCAAGCCCGGUAUUGCUUUUUUGGAUUGUUAUCUUUCGACUUCUGCGGGGAAAGUGCGCCAAAUGAAGAAAGAUCCACGAAGAGAUGUGGACUCUGAUCCAUCGGGCCCUGCAGAAGACAUAGCGGAUACAGAUUGUGCAAGCAGAGAAAUUGGUGCGCGAAGUGCAUGCAGCCAUGACUGGUCAUUUUUCCCUCCCUACACAGUCAACCGCUUCGCAGCGGUCAGCAAUCCUGGCGUUGGACAGAAAACCAAGGGCAGUACGAAGCGCCUGCGGUCCGAGUGCUUGCAAGAUGCAUCCCUGCGUUGGCCGCAUUUGGCGCGCACUGUGCUGCAACCUGCGGGCAAGUCCUUGAAGUUUCAACGUCGCAGCGUGAAUGUGGUUAAGAUGGAGCGUACGCUCGGUAGCCUAUGUGAUGCGCCUUGUGAAGUCUUUGGAACCUGGGAGCAUUGGGCUUGGCCAGAGGACGUCACAGGCGAAGAACCUUCUGGCUUCGACGCCGGUCCUCCUUGGGAGGUCCAGUGCCUCUUGGAUCUGGAGAAGCUCAAAGCAUACAGCGCCUGUGCGCAAGACAUCCGACAAGACCAGCUUCAAAGAUUUUUACACCUGGCGCAAAGAGAGGGCGCUGUGCAAGAGAGUGGAUACAUCAGCCUCAAACAAGUGCAGGCACCCUUUCGUGAACCGAAGCUAGCAGGCAGAUUGCUUCAGGAAUCUGCCUGCUUCAUACGAGAUUCCAUCGCCCCAGGGAUGCAAACCACCGAUUUUCUACGCAAGUACAACGAUUUUGAUGUGGUGCUUGCGCUGACUGAUGUGGGACCGAAGUACCUGCUCAAGGCGCAGACAGUGAGCUUCAGAAGACUCAAGAAGAAUCUUUAUUACAACAACAAAUUUGUUAACGUGCUCAUGGCCUGCAUGCUGCAACACCGUGGGAAGUCUGAGCCAACUUUUUUGCAUCUCACAGAGCAUUUCCUGGCCCGUGGAAGUCCUUGCGCCUUGCUUGGCACCAGAAACAGACUGACAAGGCGAACGCUCAUGGAAGAGGUUUGGUCUUUGCCUUCUAUUCAACAAUUCCAUUCUGGUCUGAUCGGCAAAAAUACUGAGAAGGGCGAGUGGCAAAUACUUUCACACGAUGCUACAUUCAAAGCACUCUUCUCUGUCAUUGGUCAGCGGAAGAUGGCGCUGGCACCUGGAGAAGGGCAUGCGUUGCAUUCGCUCUUGGGACUGAGCGGAGCCUUGGCAGGCUUGUCGCUUCAGCACGCAGAGGGGCCCAAAUGUUUUGCUGACGCAGUCACAUCUUUGCUUCCGGACGAAGACCCUUUGCACUUUGCGCUGCGGGUUGAGGCUUGCUUUGGCGAAAAACGUACAGCCCUAUCCCGGAACCUCCUCCAUCUGCAGAAGAAAUUUGCACACGCCCUGGACUGCGCCAUCUUCAAAGGCGGCGCUGCUCCGAAGGCGCAUGAAGGACAAUGGCCUGCUCGACGAAGCAACCCGCUUCACCCAGACCGGAACUUUAUAGACUACAGCCAAACUCCUUACUUGGAUCACCAGUCUUACAUCGAUGACAUCGUAGAUUUGACGCUCCUCUACCCUGAUGACAUGGGGCGCAAGAAUUCCAAGGGUCAGUCCGUCAAGCAGAUCCUGAUCACAGGAAGUGCUUACAGACACUUUGCCUACCUCCGCAAUGGUUGCUGCGCUAUCUCGGCCCUCUCGCGGGAGCGCAGACAAUUGUUUUCCUUUGGUACUGCUGCUAAUGAGGCCUUGCACGCGCAGUUCAACUCCUCACAGAGCACGGUAGUACAACAACAUUUGGAAAGUGUGCAGGUGGUCUUGAAAAGUUUCUCCUGUGCCAAGUUGCUGGCGCAUCACAGCGCAGCUUAUGCGCCCACGGUUGCACAGAGAUCCCAAAGUCAAAUCUUGGCAUUGUUGGAAGGCGCCCUUUUGCGACCGGACUCUGAAUUUUGCAAGCCGUUUGACGAAACGCAGCCUGAAGCCGUCACUGACCGGAAACGGUUGCGGAGACCUGUGCACGCUCACGAUGGGGGAGCUGCAGCUCACAGAGCCCAACUGGCAGCGCGGCAAAGAGAACAGUGGAGAAAGCACUUGCACAGUAAGAAGUGGAUCGGUCGGAAGUGGACCUUGAAACGCACAGUUUUCACAAAGAAGAAACAUCGUGCGCCACCUCAUGAGAGGUAA